AGAAAAUUGGUGGACUUCUUUAACUAACAGAAAAACAAAAAAAUUUUUUGGUUAUAGCUCAAACUCUUUCUUAUAAAGCCUAAGCUUAACCAUGUAUUCGUUAGCCAGACAAUCCAUACUCAAUAGUGUGGGAAAAUCCAGUGUCAGAGCCAUUAUUCCAUAUAGUAAUGUUCGUUAUGUUUCGUCCAAGGAUUUAACUCCCAAACCCAUGCCAACUGACUUCCCAUUGAUGUCUCAAAAAAGUGCAUCUUCACCAGUUGAUUAUGCUUUAACCUCGUUGGAUACCAUUGCUAAUUGGGCCAGAAAAUCAUCCUUUUGGCCAGUUACUUUUGGAUUGGCUUGUUGUGCAGUUGAAAUGAUGCAUGUUUCUACUCCUCGUUAUGAUCAAGAUCGUUUAGGGAUUAUUUUCAGAGCUUCUCCUCGUCAAUCCGAUAUUAUGAUUGUUGCCGGUACUUUGACUAAUAAAAUGGCACCAGCUUUAAGACAAGUUUACGAUCAAAUGGCCGAUCCAAGAUGGGUUAUUUCCAUGGGGUCUUGUGCUAAUGGUGGUGGUUAUUACCAUUAUUCUUACUCCGUUGUUAGAGGUUGUGAUCGUGUUGUUCCUGUUGAUGUUUACGUUCCUGGUUGUCCUCCAACUGCCGAAGCCUUGAUGUACGGUGUUUUCCAAUUACAAAAAAAGAUGAUGAAAACCAGAAUUACUAGAUUAUGGUACAGAAAAUAAUUCUUCCCCCAUUAUUUAUUAUAAAACUUCAUAUUUAUUUUACUUCUUUCAGAUUUUUUCUGAUAAAUCAGUCUUGUUGAAAGCCGUGUUUCCCUACCUUUCUUCAUUCUCUUAUUGCAUUUCCUUUUGUAUUUUUAUCUAUUCAUUGCUAUAAUCAUAUUUAUCUUCUAUCUGGUUAGUGUAGUUGACCGUUUGUCUGCAAAUGCUCUUUCCCCCGUGGUGUCUGGGUGUAGUUGUUGUCACGUGAUGCGCGAUGGGAAAACCCGUAAUCUCCUGGUCUCGAAUCGGGCUGGUGGCGCCACGACCCCCUUUAAAUGCGAAUGCGCACUGUUUUCUUUUUGCUUUUCCCGCAGUUAUAUUCUCAUACAUUUUCACUUUUUUUCCCUUGU